AUGCCUGUCUUUCACGAAACAGCACAUGCAUCGCGAGAACUUCGCAUUAAACGAUCUCGUGCUCGUCCAUUACCACGUCUUUCAGCACAGCCUGAUAGCAGUCGAAAUAUUGGACAGGAUGAUAGCGAGAGGUUUGAAGUCGUUGUUAUCGGAGCUGGCCCAGCGGGUCUUUUUCUCACAUUGUUGCUUGCUCGCUACGGUCUCUCCGACUCGCUAGCAUGCUUUGACAAGAAACCGGGUACCCUCAAGGCCGGACAGGCUGAUGGUCUUCAGCCACGCACUCUAGAAGUCUUUUCAACAUUAGGCCUACACCAUGAAAUUCUCGAUGAUGGAUGCCACAUGUCCGAAGUCGCGUUUUGGAACCCCAGCACUCGUGGGGGUAUCGAACGUACGGCUUUUGUGCCUGAUGUAGUUGUUCCAGCACGAUACAAACAUGAAGUUACCAUCCAUCAGGGACGGAUUGAAAGGAUUCUAGAAGAAGAUUUCCAGGCCUAUUCUCCCAGUCGUUCAAUCUUCAGGGCCACGGAGUUUGUCGAUUUCUCACUAGAUCCUGUUACUGACUCGGAAUAUCCGGUGAGGGUCAAGAUUGAUGUCAUGGGUGACGACGAAUCUGUCCAACGCAAGGUUGUGCGAGCCAAGCAUCUCGUCGGUGCUGACGGCGCACAUUCAAGAGUGCGACGAAGUAUGGGCUUGCAAUUACACGGUGAUACUACAGAUCACAUCUGGGGUGUAGUUGAUUUUGUGGCCGACACAAAUUUUCCGGAUAUCAGGAAACGGUGCGCGAUUCAUUCAGAUACUGGUUCUGUUAUGGUUAUUCCGCGAGAGCGUAUUGCUUCGGGUCAUUAUCUCACUCGUCUUUAUGUGCAAAUCAAAGAUGGAAUUGCUCCAGCAGCUGAGGAAGGGGCCACUCUGGAUGAAAAGGCUAAAGCGCGACAACGGCGUGCAGCCAUCACUCUUGAGAGUAUACUGGAACAAGGGAAGCGUGUAUUUGCGCCGUAUAAAAUUGCAAUCAAGCCCGGAACGGUUGUUGAUUGGUGGGCUGCAUAUCAGAUCGGACAGAGGAUGACGCCUAGUUCCACACUGAAAGAUGAAAAUGGGGUGGAGAGAGUGUUCCUGGUUGGGGAUGCAUGUCAUACACAUAGUCCAAAAGCCGGCCAAGGUAUGAAUGUGUCCAUGAUGGACUCUUAUAAUCUGGCAUGGAAACUAGCCCACUCGAUUCAUGGUCUGAGCCCUAAGUCUGCGCCACAUGCCUCCUUAAGCAACGCCAGAUAUCAGCAGAACACACCAAGGACCGUACUGAACACAUUCGAAUCCGAGCGUCUUGGAGUUGCCAGACAACUUAUUGAAUUCGACUCAAAAUUCUCAUCCAUGUUCUCCGGUCAAAUCGGAGCUGAGGAUUCAGUCGAGGGUCUUACACAUGAAGAGUUUCUAAAGGUCUUCAGUGACGGAAGCGGCUUCACAAGUGGAUGCGGAGUUGAAUAUGAGCCUAGCAUAAUUGUCGAUCGGGACAUCUCAACACAGAAUGGCGGUGUUAUCAACAGUACGAAGAGUUCUGUUGCUGGAGACGAUUAUCUCUCUGGUAUCCUCCGGCCAGGUCGACGAUUACUCGAUACAGUCGUUCGUCGCUAUGCGGAUGCAAACUUGCGCCAUAUUCAUGAUGAAAUACCUUCCACUGGCCGUUAUUGUAUCUUUGUCUUCGCAACUCAUGAUCUCGUUGAUCGUCAAAAUGAUAACAGACCAUCUAUAUCAGCACAAGCCCUUGAAGCUAUAUGUCACGACAUUAUCCCCGCCUAUCCCACAGAUACAAUCGAGCUAGUUACUCUUCACCCGUUCCGAACGCGAGACUUUGAGUGGGAUCAAAUGCCAAGUUGUCUCAAGGACUUUGCGGAGAUGAGUUUCCAUGGACCGGUGGGCACGGAACCUUUGUACGAGAUAUAUGGUGUUAGUGAAGAUGGAGGAGCUGUUGUUGUGAUUAGGCCGGAUGGAUAUGUUGGGGCUGUCAAGUGUUUGAGUGAUGUGAGGAGUCUGGAGAGCUAUUUUGAUAAUUGCUUGGUGCGAGUUGAUGCUCUGGGUGGUGGGAAGUAG